AAGAUUUCAUAUUCUAUAUUUAUUUAUUAUUAUUAUAUUUGUUUAUAAGCACUGCAUAUUUACUUAAAAAUGUCUGCUGCACGAUUGCCGCCACUUCCUUCCAUCCGAGACAUAUUAAAACUAUACCGAUUGAAUGCUAUAAAACGUUUGUCUCAAAACUUCCUUCUGGAUCAAAGAUUGAUUGAUAAAAUUAUAUCAAAAUCAGGACAUCUUACUGGGAGUCAAGUAUUAGAAGUUGGUCCUGGUCCAGGCGGAUUAACUCGAUCUAUCUUAAAACAGGUUCCAAAACGAUUAGUAGUCGUGGAAAAAGAUCGUAGAUUUAAGCCGACUUUAGACAUGUUAGCGGACUCAUUUGGUGCGAUUAAUGGACAAAUGGACAUAAUAUAUGACGAUAUCACGAAAAUUAAUCUGGAAAAUUUAUUUCCAAUGGAAGAAAAAAGAGAUUGGGACGAUAAAAAUCCGGAUAUCUAUAUCAUAGGCAAUUUACCGUUCAAUGUAUCAACACCUCUCAUAAUUAAAUGGCUACACGCGAUAGCUGAACGUCGUGGACCUUGGGCAUUUGGUAGAACGAAAAUGACGUUAACAUUUCAAAAAGAGGUAGCAGAACGUUUGGUGGCUGAUGUCUCACAUCAUCAACGAUGUAGACUAUCGGUAAUGGCACAAACUUGGACAUUUCCAGUGCUUCGUUUUAUUAUACCUGGCAGUGCUUUUGUUCCAAAGCCAGAUGUCGAUGUGGGAGUAGUAUCGUUUACCCCUUUAGUCAAGCCGCGCACGCAACAUGAUUUUAAAUUCUUUGAAAAAAUAACGAGGCACGUGUUCAGUUUCAGACAGAAAUACAGCAUACGAUGCAUCGAGACUUUAUUCCCAUUGGAUUGUCGUAAGGAGUUAGGUCUAAUGAUGUAUAAAUUGUCUGACUUAGAUCCAAAACUUAGGGCCUUCCAGCUUACUGUACAUGACAUCGACAGGCUAGCAACUGCUUAUAAGUAUCUGGUAGAGAAACAUCCGGAGAUCGGUUUGUACGAGUAUCACGCGUCCCGUCACUUAUUACCAUUAAGUAAUACGAGAGACAUUGUAAUCGAGGAUUAUGUGGAAACGCCGGAAGAAAUGAGUAUCUAACCAAGUUGGUUUUUUAUACUCAAAAAUAUGCGAACACAUCAUAUUUAAAUUUUAUUAAAUUGCAGGUUUGUAAUGCAGCAGACUAAUUUGUUACAAUAAAUUUCGGUUAUAGAAUUGUGAAAACUUUUCUGUAAAUAUACAUUUAUAUACAUAUAUGAUACUAUGGCUUAGUUAUUAAAUAAAAAUAUAGUACAAUGUACAGUUUGCAUUUUUCCUUAUGUU